CGAUUAUGACAACAAUGUGUAAAUGGACAUUAUAAACACUACAAUUUUUAUCGAUAAUUCGCGGACUUACAGUGUUUUAUUUGUUUUAACAAAAGUUUUUAGAAUAUACUGACUUUGCUAGAUUAUGCAGUAACCACCCCUUAUAGUCCAUAUUAUCAAUCCAUAAUGGAGCAUGUUUAUGAAGAGAUUGCCAGUCCCAUAAAACAGAUGAGAUUGGAAGAUGAUGUGUGUAGCCUACAACCAGACAGUUCAUAUCCACAGUCAAGUUCAACACCAAAGGCCAAUCAUUCCUGUCCUAGCAGAACAUCAUCUGGUACUGAGGAUUCCCAUCCUGGCAGCUGUAGUUCCCAACACAGUAACCAGGGUAGACCAUUCAGUGUUCUGGUUCCCAACAACAAUCAGAGACUGGUUCCCAAGUCGAAGACAAAACCUCUGAAAGUGUUGCAGAAUCAAGGACAGCUAAAGAUUUCAGCCUAUAUGAAUUUUGGACUUCUAACUGUGCAUGUUGUACAAGGAAGACAUUUGUCCUCAAAACAGAGACCAUUGUGCGAUUCUUUUGUCAAAAUGUCCCUGAUUCCUGAUGACAGUAAGAGAUGUAGGUGUAAAACUGAUGUUAGAGGAGAAACCAACAACCCGUUAUAUGAUGAUAAAUUCUCUUUUGAGCUUUUAGAAGAAGACUAUCACAAGAGAUUAUAUAUUUCUGUUUGGAAUAAGGAUCAGUCCACAAGCAUGUGUGAAUUUCUUGGGUGCAUGUCAUUUGGAGUCAGACACUUGCUGAAUCCAAACAAGGAUAUUACUGGUUGGUACUACUUGUUAACAGAAGAGAUUGGGAGAAAAAAACAUUUACAAGUAUCAAGUAAACAGAGAUCUCUGCAAGUCAAACAUCAGCCAGUCCCACCAGUUAACCAAGAUGUUUGGGGAAUGGAAUCUCUUACAAUUACAUUGGAGAGAGGGAAGCAUGGUUAUGGAUUUUCUGUUGUGGAGGAAUCCCCUGUAAAAGUAGGAAGAGUUGACCGAGCUUCCCCUGCUGAGACAGCUGGUUUAUAUCCUGGGGAUUGUAUCAUCAAAGUCAAUGGGCAGAAUGUGUCAAGGUCACAGGCUGGCAGUGUGGCAAAGCUUGUCAAAAAUGGAGGACAACAUCUCAUCGUAGAAGUUCAAAGGUUAAAACAGGUUUCCAGCGAAACAUUAGAUAAGACUGAAGUCAAUAAACAACCUUCUAUGUCAGCCUAUGAUUAUCUUCCCAUGAGAGAAUUACAGAAUUACCAGAACUACAGAGCUAUGCAGAAUUACCAAAACAAUGACUGUAAUACCUACCAAAACAUGCAUACUAGAAAGCUUACAGACUUCCCUAGGGUACCAGUUCAUCAGCAGAAUGUUAGAGUGACAGAGUAUCAGAACAUAGGAGGACUGGAUUAUCCUAUUAACAGGGUACCAGAUUAUCAGACUAAAAACUAUGUUGCCAUGAGAAACACACGUGAUUGCCAUGAUGGAUCUGAUGCAGACUACUCCGAUAACGACUGUAAAGAGAAUGAAUUCUCUGUUGACGAGGGGAUUUACUCAUUACCGAGUAACCUGAUAACCAGCACACCUCUUCCACUUCUCUGUAAUGGCUAUCAGACUGUGCAAUCAACAGAAAAGAGAAGACAGGAAGCCAUUCAUCGUCUGCUCACUGUAGAAAUGGAUUUCAUUGACCUGAUGCAUGCUGGGAUGCAAAGAUACUCAAGACCUUUACGUCACUGUAUUCUAUCUCAGUUACAACACUCAGCACUUUUCCAAAAUGUUGAAAAGUUGGUCACAAUAUCAGAAUAUCAUGUAAAACAGAUGCAGGAUAACAUGAACUCAUCAGACACAGACACCAGUACAUCAGUGUCCAGUAGUGAUAAUGGUCACCAGUUUGUACAACAUCUCUGUAUGAUCUAUCAAUCAAAGGUGAAUAUGAUCUGUCAAGCUUAUGAUUUGUAUGCUAGAGGAAUAGCAGGAGCCAAUCAUUCACUAGCCGAACUUAAAAAAAAUCCAGAAUUUAUCAAGUUUGUCAAGGAACCAAAACUGCAAUCAAGUCAGCCAUCUAUCAGUGCCUUUAUCUACAGACCUGUACAACAUGUCAAUGAACUAUACCAGACACUUAAAGAAAUCUUCCUUAAUACAGAUAAUCAGAGUCGAGACUUCCAGGGAUUAAAACAUGUUGUAGAAGUUUUACAAGAGUGUGUUAAUGGAAUCUCAAACUACAGCUGUGUUGAUCGUGUUUUAAGUCUGUCGUCAUUAACCUCGUCAUCAGCUUCCGAAGGUCACAAGUCAAGGUCAUCCAGUUCUGACAGCAGUAGUUCACAUCCAUCCAAAGUUCCAGUUUCCUGUUCUUUGAGAUCGAUGGAUUCUGAAGUAAUGAGGAUCCAGGAUAAACUGGUUUUCCCACCAAAUGUUCCUGUGUUUCAGCUGUGUAAAGAAGAAAGACACUUGAUUUAUGCAGGUGAACUGUUUAAAUGUGAAGGCAACCAGUGGAUGAAGGUACAUGUGAUGUUGUUCUCUGAUUUGUUGGUGGAAACUGAACAUGACCGUGAUGGACAUCUGAAAGUCAUUCAUGAACCACUUAAUCUGAAAGACUUGAAUGGAAUUGAGGCUCUGAGAAGUCAUGGUACAGAGUUUGUUUUACAUUUCCUGUUGAGAGAUUUUGCCACCAAUCAGAUGAGACAUGCCAAGUUAAUAUUCAGAGCUCCCAACAUGGAACAGAAAUUUACUUGGAAAAGUUUACUAGAACAGAAAGUGACAUCUGCUGGAGGAACACUGCAACACUUCAGUUCUAUGAGUGAUUGUUCAGAGACAGGUGUGCUGAUCUGAACAGACGUAUCAUGUUAUCUCCCUUGAUAACAUUUGGCUCAUGAGUUGUCUCCCUUGGAUGACCUUUGCUAGAUAAUGUGUUAUCUCCCCUUUAUAACACAGCAGAUUUAGUGUGUGUGAACAGAGAGUGCUGUUCCAGUGACAAAGACAGACUAUCAGAUAAUUGAGGAGGAAGAUGCUGGAUUGAAAAGGCAGAAUUUCAUGAACAACAAUUGUUCUGACUAAUGUAUGCAGCAGAAAUGGAUGUAAGAUCAAAGAAAACCUGAGAAUGUGAAAUACAAUACUUUUUAUUUAUUUAAGCAAUUUUGUUUUGUGCAGUUUGAAAAAUACUCUAAGUUUAGUGUAGUCUGUAUAGUUAAUGAGAGAAGCUUGUGACUGAAAACUGAUUAUUAGAACAAAAAAAUCUACAGAAGGUGCAGUAAUUAUUGUUCAAGCUUACUAUUUGCAUGUUAUGUUUUGUGUGCAGUGUGUUAUGUUUUCACUGUAUAUUUGUACAUUUUUUGUGCAGUGUGUUCUGUUUUCACUGUAUAUUAUUUGUGCAGUGUGUUCUGUUUUCACUGUAUAUUAUUUGUGCAGUGUGUUCUGUUUUCACUGUAUAUUAUUUGUACAUUUUUUAUGCACCAUUAGUGCUAUAUAUUAACUCAUGCACAGAUUUGUUGUACAAUUAUUUAUUUUUCACAAAGCAAUAAAUAUUUUGUGUUAUUACCUCUUAAUUUUCUACUACCUCUGUCCCUUACUGAUGACAUCAACUAUAUACAAUAUUUUAAAAAAAACAUUUUGUUGCUUUCCAAUUUUGUAGUUUUGUCUCUAAAAAAUAUUUUGUAGGGAUACAUUUUUGUGGUCCCAGUUUGAGAAAGAAAUGUUUCAUUUUAGAUUUAUUUCUUAUUGGGCUUUUCAUUUCCUAGAUAAAAUCUAUCCAUGAAAUAUUGAAAUUAAAACCCAAAUAAAACAUUUUGCUAAUAAGUCUCGAGGCGCUUUCUCUAUUUCACAAAAAAAAAAAGAAGAGAUAAAUGGGGACCAAUUAUAGUUUGUGAAGAAACACUGGAAUAAUAACCAGUUCAGUAAGUCUGUAGUCAAACAUGUAUUGUGAAAUUAGAUUGUGACCGUGAUACCCUUUAAUACAUGUACCAUCAUAUUGAUAAACUAGUAAUAUGAUUUAUCACUGAAUUCUGUUUUCAAUAAAAAGAAAAUUUUUGGGAUUUGUUUGAUUAACUGAUCAGAGAAGACACAAAGUACACAAAUGUACUCGUAAAAAAUUGGUAGAAGAUUUUUAUAAAAUAAACACAAAAAUUAAAUUUAUCAAUAUUUUAGUUUUGCGCAAGGCAGUAGAUCGGCAUUAUGUUUUUCAUUCUGUGCAUCCAGGUUAAAGUUUUGGUUUCAGGUAGUGUACCAUGAAGUUGUAGACAUGUCAACUUGAAACUAAAAACAUAGUACACAUGUUCUUCAUGAACUUUUUAAAAUAAAUGCCAAAUUCAGGUUUUGACCCAAAUUUUUUCUUGAUUUAAUCAUCUUAUAGUUUUGUUUUCCCUGACAUACUAUAUAUAUGGCUGUCUUGGAUAUACAAAAAAGAACGACAUGCAUGAAGUAUUUCAUUUGUUUAACUAGUCAAUAUUAAUUUACAAUCUCAAUUUUAGUUCGUUUUUUCACUAAGAUUGUUAUGAAAAAUGGCAAACAUAUAUUUCAAGCUUUUUGUUGAAAUAUGAAUUUGUCAGUCUCCUAUGAGAUAUCCCACAAGGAAGACUCUUCUAUAAUCAACCAUCCAUGGAAUAUUAAUUCAGAUCUUGUGAAUCACAAUUAAUUAAGAGGUCUUCCCGCUAUUUCUGCAAUAUCCCUUUAUAUGGUAGAUAUUUUUUCUUAUAACUUGCAUGUAUGCACAGUUUUAAACAGUUGUGUGUCUGAAUAUAUGAUAUUUAUAUCAAAUCAUUUUACUGAAGUUUUCUAUUAUUAAUGUUUUUGAUUUUAAAAAAAAACAUUUUUAAAGAAAAAGAACUAGAAUAGAUUUUUGAUCAAGGAAAUUUUUAAAACAAAGAAAAAUAUACUGAUACAUAUCAACAAUGUUAAAAUUCAUUAACACAUAUUUCUUACCAAACUUCUUUAAUUGUUAUAGAUGUUUUUAUACAGUUUUACCUGACUCAUUUUUGAUAAGUUUUAUAAUAUAAUUCCAAUACAUGGUAUGAUCAUUUUUGAUUUUUUAAUGGUUUAUGUUUUAUAGUACGUUUACUUAUUGUGUAUGUUUCAGUUCUGAAGGUUUAUAUUAGUCAAGUAACUGACUUUAAGUGAACCUCCCUGUGUUGUUAGGCAAUACCAAAAAAAUCAUUUUUUAGCUCAGGGCACUUUAAUUUUUUUUUUCACAUGUCCGGGAUGCUACGUUUGUGUACCAGAAACUACAUGCUAUGACACCAAAGAAAAUGCUAUCUUAGUCACAUGUUUUUCAGUACUUCAUCACGUUGAACAUCAAAUAAUUAGAUCUUUAAACCGUUCAAAAACAUUUUCAAGGUUGGGAUUUGUUAUGUGUGAAGGAUACCUAAACUUGGAAUAAUUUACUGCCAUAUUUUGCUUAUUUAAAAGAAUAAAAGGUCAAUGCAGCAGCCAUUGAAAAACAUGUGAAAUGCUAAAUUUUUUGUCGAAUUUAAAAACUUAAAUAUGUAAAAAGUUGCUUGAAAUACUUACUGAAAAUAACACUUAUAAAAAGAUUUAAAAAUUAAAAUGUAAAUUAUUUUUUUUGAAAUAGAGUUUUGUACUUUGAUACACAUGAUUUACCAAAUGUGUUCAUAUUUAAAAUAGAUUUAGAAUGUUAUGUUAUUUAAAAAUGUUCCAGAUAAGAACAAAGAAUAAAAUUUUAAAGUA